GAAACGGCCCAGUUCUGAGUUUGGCUCUGCCGACGAAGUGGAAACGUUUCGUCUUCCAAUUUUUUCUUUUAUUUUUCCCACAAAAAGGCAAAAGUGUUUCCCAGAUUUUUAUUUUUAUUUAAAAAACAAACGCACAUUGUUUUCCCUCAGAAAAAAGUGAUCGGAUUACUCAGAGAGACCCAACCGGAUUGUCUGUAAAGAAGAAAAGGAAAAUUCGUUACACAAUUGCUGAUCUUGUUACACACGCACGCAGGAGAAAGAAAGACGAUCUCUAGAAAUUAUUCAACUGAGAAUAAAAGGGGUACGAAAAAAACCAACAUGUCGUCGUCGGUUGCUGUCGGUACGGAUUUACCUCCGUCGUAUCAGGAAGCCACGACUGGCCAUCAAGUGCGUCCGGCCAGUUGCAUCGUGACUGCCUGCCCGUGCACAAGUCGCUCGUUUUGUAGCACUAGUGGAAAAAUAGAAGAAGAAGAAGUAAACGACAGAAUGGAUCAUCGCAGGCCUGGCAAAAGUGUCACAUCCAAUCGGCCGCUGGGCCCUUUCGGGCGAACGGGUCGACGACGGCCCGUCCGACCCAGUCAACCUGAUUUAAAUCACGGGCUUGUAGAUCCGUCCCGACAACGAAAACGGGUCGUUUGCCGACACGGUUGCGGUUGUUUCGAUCUUUUGCUCAGUUUUUUCGGACCUUAACAAACAAAAAAAAAUUUCAUCCGGCGGAUUUUUUUUUUUUCAUCCGCCGGAAUUAUUUUUUUUUUGUAUUUUUUUUUCCCCAUUUAAGAGAACGAAAUUUUUGGUUGUCAUCGCUAUUAUUUUAUGAUUCCCACCCCGCCUAACGGGUUAAAAUUACAGACACACACGCGCCGAGUGCUUGUUCGUGUCGUCGCCGGAAGGCCGGAAGUCGCUUCUUCCAUGUCCUUUUUUUUCUCUCCUUCUAUUUUGGUUUAAAAAAAAAUCUGAACAUUUCCCACACACAAGCGACAGAAACAUUUGGGUCACCGCUAUUAUACGUACAACAAGAAAAAGAAAAAUAAGACAGGGGCGGGUGGGCGCAUCGUGUGAAUGGCAAUUGGAUGGAACGCGAGAUGGCCCGGAUUAGAUAAAAAUAAGAAGAAAGUCGACAACAAAUACCAACGGACCAGUUUUUUUGUGUUCUUUUGUUUUCUUUUGAUCUGUGCAAAAAAAUUGACGACAACAACAACAACAAGAACGCAGGUUGUUGCCCUACGCUCCGGCAUUGAACACUUAAUCCAGCGGAAAUGGGACGUCUACGACGUGGUCAUAGUUUGGAAGUCAUCUUUGAAGACGAGACGGCCGAAUUCCAGCCAUCCAUCGCCCGUCUAGAAGAAGAGGAGUACGCAAUAACCAAAUCUUUCCGGUGGUUAUUGACGGAUGAGUGGAAGAAUUACCGUCGACUGAGCCGACGUCAAAUUCUCUUCCAGCAACAACAAGAAUCCGGCCCGGGAUCAUCAUCUUCUUCUUCCGUCCAGGUGACCCUCUGCUCGCAGUGUUGCCACCCGACGGAAAUGGACAGCGGGUCUACGAUGGAUCAGACGACGACAACUACCACCACGGUCAGCCACAUUCCGGCCCGCCGCCGGAAUUCGACUUAUUUAGCGCUGGCCUGCGCCAACGCCGUCAGCCAGGGCGCCAUGACCCGCAGCCUCCGCCAAAUGUUCGAGACGCAGCCCGUCAGGGAAACUCAGCCGCUGCUCAGCCGGGCCGAAAUCAAACAGCAAAUCCAGGCCGCCAGACUCAGACGCAACAGCAUUGCCGUUCUCUAUCCAUCUGGCGCUUCCGGCAGUCCCGAACAACAACCCGACGACAUCGUCACGGCUAUCCCAGCUGUUGUCGUCGAUGCCGUCCCAAUUAAACAACAACCACCUCCGACGCCGGCCAAGCCAACAACAACAACAACAACAGCCGUUAGCUCCCCACCGUCUACUCCGCUCCAAUUCAAAUUGCCGGCCAGUCCGGUAACUGACAAUGCACCUGUGGAUAUGUCGAGUCCACUUUGCAUCCGCUGCGACAAGUGCUCAUCGAUUUUGACCAGCCCACCAGUGGCCGUCUCUUUGGUCAUCAAUUCCGGCAAAAGCUUUUCGUCGGCCGUCACUCAGCCGCCCACGCCGAUCCAUCAGGAAAUCAUGGCCAAGGAGGAGAAGGAAGUGGCCGAGGAGAGGACUCCGUCGCCCAGCAAAAUCAUUCCGACCAAUCGGGAAGUGCUGGAGGAGGAAUUGCCCAAGCCGGACACGGUCAAAAACGCCCGUUGCCUAUUCGAGUCGAGUUUUAUGGAGGCCAGCAGCAGCAGCAGCGGCAAUUUCAGCACGUUGCAGCACGUCAAAUCGAAUCCAUCCAGCAAGAUUUUACGAUCCGAGUCGAGCAUGACGCUGGAUCGGGCCGGCACACGCAGCUCUUCGGUGGCCAGCCGGCCGUCGCCAUUCCGCUGGCCGUCACGGCAGGAGCACGCUCGUAAUCGUUCGCCAUCGCCAUCACCAUCACCGUCACCCAUUCCGGCGCUGGUCAUUCCGGCCGCCACCAAGUCCCACCACCACAAAAUCACAUCGUCGACGCUUCCGUCGUAUUACCGGAGUUCUCCGUCUCUGACGCAGUACCGAUCGUCGCGCCACUCGCUCCACUCGACGGAUGUCGAGAGUUACGUCUCGGAAGGCGGAAGCGAUUGCUGGAGCAGCAGCGAUUUGGAGAGCGAGGCCAGCUAUUCGUCAGUGUCGGGCGGCGGUGGAGGUGGACGGGACGAUUUGUCGGACAGUCUGGACGGGAUGCGCUACAUCUCGCCGGAUGUGAUGGAAAAGAUCCGCUCGUAUGGCAUGACUCUCACCUUCGUCAACGGCAAAAUGGUUGACGAGGAAGAUGACGAUCAAGAGGAGCCGGAAGUCAUGGCCAAAGAGGCCGCCACCCGCAAAGUCGUCCAAUCGAUCCGCUCUGCCGGCCAGAGCCAACCGAUCACGGCCACAUCCACUCCAGCGCCACUCGCCCCCAAAAAAUCCGCCAUCAAACAGCAGACGAAAGAGAAACUACUCAAAUCCGCCAGCCCUCCGCCCCGGAUUGUCGCCUGCCUUCCCAAACAGGAAACGGUCGAAAAAGCCAACAACAACAACAACAACAACCAACAACAACUGCGAUUCACUCAAAAGAUCCGACACAGUUCCGGUGAAUCGUCGGCCAGUUCGGGCGUGAGUUCCGGCACCAAUGCCGGAAGUGACAGCAGCAGCAGCAGCGAGCACAACUCUCCGUUCGCCAGUUUGAAACGCACCAAAUCGGCCGGAGCGGAUCACACGGUGGAGAGGAGCCCGUCGCCUGGGCCACGCCAAUCGGGAACUCGCAAAGCCGUCGGCUCCUCCCCUUUCGGAUGUUAUUCCGUCGUCUACAGCUUCAACGCUUCCGCACGCAGCCCCAUGUACGUCUAAACUAAAAACUUCUUUUUUCUCUUUUUUUUUUCUUCCGAAAGAAAAAAAAUUCGUUUCAUCCUUUUUACUCGAUCCGUAAACAACAACAAAAAAAAGUCAUCCGUAUUUUUCUUCGAUUUUAUCCAACUCCGCACGCGCUCACGAAAAAAGAAAACCCUCCCCCCAUGUUUAAAAUUAUUAUAAUAAAUAAGAUAUAAUAUCAUUUUUAUAUUUAGAACAUUAUAUAUCCGCCCCCAACAAAAUGUAGCUCUCUCUCUCUCUUCCGCUCGCCGCUGGAUGAAAAAAAAAAAAAUAAUAAUCGAAGAAAAACGGCGCACGCAAAUAACAAAUCAAUUCCGCCGCCUAUCCCCCCCCCAUCCAUUCCUUCCACUCAUUUGACACUUUGAUGAAAAGAAAUGAAAAUACAAUUAACGGAUGACUCACUUUUAA